CCAGUUCAAAAGACUAGCCAGUGAACCGGAACACAAACUCAAGAAACAGUCAUCCAAAUUUGACAACCUAUACAGAUAACCAGAUAUCUGGUCGGAUCUUGCACAUUGAAGCUUUGUUGUUGUGUUGUUUCCAGAUUUGAAAAGCAAUCACGGAUAACCGGAUAUCUGGCCAGAACUUGCACACGUCAGCCUUGUUGUGUAGUGGUGUGGUAACGUCGACGACGAUUCACGUCUGUCCAUUUGGGGCAGACGACGAGCGGAUAUGGAUUCCGGUCUCUCCGGGCAGCGUGAAGCAGAAUCUAUUCCUUGCUGGUGGAGGAGGGUGAGGUGGAGGGGAGUGAUGGUGGUGUUGGGAGGUAUACUCAUGCAUCUCACACUGGGUACUCUCUAUACUUUUGGAAAUCUCAGUCCAUAUCUGACGUCAUUCAUGCGGGAGUAUGGCUCCGCCCCCUCGCUCACCCACACACAGUGUGCCUGGAUCUUUGCCCUCGCCUCCAUGGGUCAAGGGACGAGU